ACCAGUCGAACGCCAUCAUGUCGCCCAUCUGAGAUCGAAUCAAACAAGCGCGAGGAUUUGCCGUGCGUCGUUUGAAGUAAGAGAGCGACAUUACAAAUGUGUCAUUUCGUAAUGUUUUGGCAUAAAUUCGUCUUUUCAACGAAGCUAGAAUUUGUGCCAAGUUGAACACUGCCAAAAAUCAGCAAGAUGACCAAUGCAUACGAGCGAACCUUGUCAUGUUCUGUUUUAUUGUCAUGCAGUGAUUUUAUAUUUAUUUGUUAAAUAAAUACAUUUGUUCAUCGCUUGUCUGUGAUGGUAUCCUUCUCCUGAUUACCUUAUAUAUAUAUUUUUUUUCUAAUUCUGAGCACCAUGGAUUCAGCUUGGACGCCUCUUGAUGUUGUAACUCAGACUAUGUUUCAAAAAGCAUUAGACGAUCCCAAGUCAGUUGAUUUGGAGAAGCUGUCUAACGCAGUUGUAGACCAGUCAUUGAAAGACAUCUCAUUCUGCAAAGAUGCUGGCCGCAUGUGUUAUGCUGUAGUUCAGGCAGAAGCUCAGAAAGCUGCAACCACUGUAUUCAGGCGAAAUCUGUUGACACGUCUACAGCAAGAGUUCACUGCCAGAGAGGAGACUCGAAACUGCUUGGUGCAGAAGUGGGUCUGUUUGGUCACAUUUAUCUGCAGCAUAUUUGAUUACAUCAAGGUGAACAAUGUUCCUCUUGUGGCCCUUGUGGAUCCAGUAUAUGACUGCCUCUAUAGGUUGGCUCAGCCAGAUGCCUUGAUGAACGAGGAAGAGGUGGACUGCCUGGUGGUACAGCUCCAUCGUGUUGGCGAGCAGCUGGAGCAUACAAACUCCCAGCGCAUGAAUCAGCUUUUUAACUUGCUCCGGGAUGGUUUUCUCCUUCAGGAAGACCUUAGCUCCAUGACAAGACUCUUGCUCCUGGAGAUCUUGGAGUUCAGGGCCAGUGGCUGGACCCUCACUGAAACUGCACACAAGUACUACUAUAGUGAAGUCGAUGACUGAGGUGAACUGAGAAAAGAAUGAUGUUCCUUGUUAGCAUUAAGAUUUCAAGCAUACAGUGUUUGCAGCAGAUCUAAAGAGUACUUCAUGGGAGAAAGAAGUGGAAACCCCAUGUAAUUGUACCACAGAGAAUUAUGGAAGAGCUUGUGUUCAUGCAUUUGCAUGUGUUGUGUGCAGCAUUUGAGUUUAGCACAGAAUGUUCAGUUUUGGUGUUCUCUUGUGAAGCAUCAUGAAUCUGCACUGGAUAUUGACUUGAUGCAAUAAUGAAAGCAAUCACUACUAGCCCUAAAACUGUGAGCCACCGGCAGUAUUUUUGAAUACUGAUUUGAUACAAUGUACACUCUCUUUUUUACAUUUUUGCAGUGAAAGGUUAUUGCAACUUUAGAGGAAGAUUGUCUCACCUUCACUUGUGUUGUUAAUAUGAAAGGAUACUUUGUUAAAGUUUCUUAAUUUUGUAUUAAUUUAUUAGGAAGCAUAUAUUGUUAAAAAUUCUGUAUGGGCCAAUAUGUGUGAAAACAUGUUCAGUUUUGCUGGCUGCUGUACAGUUAUCCUUCCAAAUUUGAGAGCAUUUACAUUGUCUUGUUUAUAUUUCUAUUUUGAAUGCAAUAAAUAGAAAGAAGUUUAGCUCUGUUUCUCUAUGCAAUCUAUGUGGAACACAUGAAACACUUGAGAAACAUUGUUCUGGAACAUUUUGAUGGUAGAAAUGUGUAAAAAUCAUGGACAAUAGGUGAUCAAAUGUGAAAGUGUCAUCAUGUGGGUUUAACACAUUUACACCAUUAAAAUGUUACAAAACCACAAGCUUCAUGUGGUUCACAUAUUUUAUAUGUGAUGCUGUUUCUAUGUGUAUCUAGAGCGCAGUCUCGGGAGUACCCCCCGGCCUGCGAGGGGCGAUGGGGGUAUGUGGCGAGUGGGGCGGGGCCGAGAGGCGUGGGAACGAGGAGUGAGGCCAGGUGUAGUGAUUGGAGAUGAGCUACACCUGAGCCCCACCGCUAGUAUCGAGUCCCACGUAGGAGAUGGAAGAAUAUAAAACUGGAGCGACGACCGUGAAGGACGAGAGAGGACCAGGCCUGGGACAUUAUUUUAGGUUUUGGCUUUUAUUUGUGCGCGUCAGUCGCCGUGAGGGGCUGACGCGCCAUUUUGUGUUUAUUUCUGAUUAUUAAAAUGAGUUUUGAUUGUG